AAAAGUUCCUUACCUUGUUGAGGAGCAAUAGUGUCUCAAGUGAGCUUACGCGUUAGCAUGUAGCCAAUGCAUCUCCACGGGAAUAAGAAUGGCAAACUGCCAACUUGCCAACCCGAACCGAACCAGUCUAGAACUAGACUAUUCAAGGUUUGACUCUUGUCAACAAGUUUGGUUCACGCGUUGUCGAGCCUAGCUUCCGACAUUGUUUUUAGUCAGACAGACUUGCCUUAAAGGUGGGCGUUCUGCUGUGAUUGGCAUCUGGGGAUUCUCUUCUCCCCCAACCCAUUCGUUCCAAGGACUGCAAUUCCUGCCACCUGUAUCAAUUAUCGUCAAGAGAACAAUAAUCAAACAUGGUCCUCUCACGCCAUGUAAACCCGGACGACAUUGUCCAGCACCUGCACAACUCGUCUUUGAAGGAGCAGGACGGCGACAAUGACACGCGGACCCAGGCUGCGAUUUCCCACCUGACGCCGUACUCGUCUCGCUACGCGAGCAACGUGAGCCUGCCCAAGUACAAGCUCCCCAAGGAGGGCGCCGAGGCCGACACGGUCUACUCGAUGAUUCGCGAUGAGCUUGACCUGGACGGGAAGCCGAAUCUGAACUUGGCCAGCUUCGUGGGCACCUACCUCGAAGACAAUGCCCAGAAGCUCAUGGUAGAGAACAUUGCCAAGAACCUCUCCGAUGCGGAUGAGUACCCAGCCAUGAUUUCGAUGCAGCAGCGCUGCGUGAGCAUCCUGGCCCACCUCUGGAACGUCCAGAAAGGAGAGAAAGCGAUUGGCAGCGCAACCACAGGCUCCUCGGAAGCCAUCCAGCUCGGCGGUCUCGCCAUGAAGCGCAGGUGGCAGGAGGCGCGGAGGGCCGCCGGCAAGGACGACAGCAAGCCCAACAUCAUCAUGGGCGCCAACGCGCAGGUCGCCCUCGAGAAGUUUGCCCGGUACUUUGACGUCGAGGCGCGCAUCCUGCCCGUGUCGGAAAAGAGCAGGUAUCGGCUCGAUGCCGACAUGGUGCGCGACAACAUUGACGAGAACACCAUAGGGAUUUUCAUCAUCCUGGGCAGCACCUAUACGGGGCAUUAUGAGCCCAUAGAGGAGAUUUCCGAAAUCUUGGACAAGUACCAGGCUGAGACUGGGCAUGAUAUCCCAAUCCACGUUGAUGGUGCAAGCGGUGCUUUUAUUGCCCCCUUUACUCAUGCACAAGCUGGUGGACCCAAGUGGGAUUUCUCACUCCCCAGAGUAAAAUCCAUCAACACCUCGGGCCACAAGUACGGCCUUGUGACGGCCGGCGUUGGCUGGAUCGUCUGGCGCGACGAGUCCUUCCUGCCCAAGCACCUCAUCUUCGAGCUGCACUACCUAGGCGGCACCGAGGAGUCGUACACGCUAAACUUCUCGCGGCCCGGCGCCCAGGUCAUCACGCAGUACUUUAACCUCGUCCAUCUGGGCUUCUCGGGCUACCGGGCCAUCAUGGAGAACUGCCUGGCCAACGCGAGGCUGCUGUCCAAAUCUCUCGAGGCGACGGGGUGGUAUACCUGCGUAUCCGACAUCCACCGCCGCGUCGAGACGGCCGGCUCCAACGGCAGCAACGGCAAGCAGAAGGAGCCCGAAGUGACGCCCGAGCAUGCAAAGGAGACGUCUGCCGACUACGUGGCCGGCCUGCCCGUGGUGGCGUUUUGCUUCUCGGACGAGUUCCGGCGCCAGUUCCCACACGUCAAGCAGGAGACGGUGUCGGUGCUGCUCCGCGCACGCCAGUGGAUCAUACCAAACUACGCGCUGCCGCCCAACGAGGAGAAGACGGAGAUCUUGAGGGUCGUGGUCCGCGAGAGCAUGUCGCUGGAUCUGCUCGACAGGCUCCUGUCCGACAUUUGCGAGGUGACGCAGAAGCUGAUGGACGAGGACGAGCUCGACCUCAACGUCUUGCAAGGGAGCAGACACAAGGGGCCUUGUACCAAGGCCGAUGUUAGCAAAGAGGGGAGAGCCCAGGCCAAGAAGGAGAGGGACGAUCGACACAAGAAACACCAGGCCACCGGCAGGACGGGCAGGAUGGAAACUGGUGUUCACAGGUCGACCUGUUAGACUCUGUUUGCGUUGGGUUGGGUUGCGACGGUGAGGGUGAGGGUGACGUUGACGGCGAAGGUGGCCAUGUGCGAGAACAAGGGCUUCAGGCCUUGCCCAGUAGCAAUCUAAAUUGACAGGAUCCUACAAUGAA